AUGGUGACUUCUUGCCAACCACUGCCAAUAUACGAAAAGAUUUUGAAAGCCUUGAAAGAAAAUUAUGAGCACUACUACCAAGAAAAAAUGACAAAAGCACCUCAGCCAAUACAAACUCAAUGUUGUAUGAUGUUGUCUUCUGAAGAAGAAUUUCCUAGUCUGCGACGAGGAAAUCCACAAGAAGAAACUGUAAUGAAACCUUUCAUUUACAGCAAGGAAGUGACAGCAGAAGGAACAAAGAAACCUAUCUCUCAGGCAGAAGAAGUACUAAACUGGCAAACAAAAAAUGCUUUACCCCAGAAUAGCCUACUACAAAAGAUUGAAAGAAAAAUGGAUAAAAUUGAAUUAUCCAUAGAAAAGGAGAUCGGAGGCAUGAAUUCCAGGCUACAAAAGCAUUAUGCAGAAUUGAAGGAGAAGAUGGAAAGACUUGAAGAAGAAACAAGGAAAAUUAAAGAAACAAGAAGAUUCAACAACUUGCUCGUUGAAAAAGAAAGAGAGUUACAAAAAACCAGAGAGCAGUAUGAAGAACUUGUCCAAUAUGUAGGAGAGAAAAAGAAGAUUCCCAUCUUCGAAGAUGAACCUUACUAUAUAAGACCAUCAAAAGUAUUUCCAACGAUUUCAAGACAAUCUCUUAAACCAACUCCACUUUUUCCCCCAAAAAACUCUCCACCAAGACACAGAGAUUAG